CGAGGUUAGCUUAGACUUCUAAACUGCAUAUAACUCGAAGCUUACGUAAUAGUCAGGCCAAAGAGACGGAAAGCACCCUACUUCUUAUUCGUGAAAUUGUGAGUGGGAGAUGGACCUGUUAUCUAAAGAAGAAGCUACAACGUUUGUUGAAAAUGUCCUAGGACUCAUUGACAUCCAAAUGAGACUUAAUACAGACAAACUGACUUUUCUGAACGACAUGAUUUAUGAAUAUCACUGCAAAGUUCCAUUUCACAACUUGGAUCUAUUGGCGUUACCAGUUUCUGAGAGGAGAAUACCAAAUUUAGCAGAAUUGAAAGAUAGAGGUCUUUCCGGCAGAGGCGGUCUUUGCUAUCAAAAUAAUACUUUCCUGUAUUUCGUCUUACGAGCUUUAGGCUAUGACGUCACAUUGGCAAAGGGCCACGUAAAAAAUCCGGGGGAUCACGUGCUGUUAGUAGCACAUGAUGUUGUGACGUCAGGUGACAGUUACCUUAUAGAGGCUGCCAUAGGAUACCCAACACUGAGAGCGAUCCUUUUAGAUUUUCAAGUAGAAUCGCCAGUUUACACGUUUUCAUUUUGUACCUUCAAAUACGUCCGCCAAGAUGGCGGAGAGUUUCAUCGAAUGCACAAAGAGGAAAGUGACCUAGAAAAGACCUGGCGGCGCGUGUACAGUUUUAACCCCGCUUAUUGUAUUCUCAAGGAUUUCGAAAGCUCGAUGGUCAUACCGUACACAGACCCAACUUCAGCCUUCCUCAAUUCCUUCAGAGCUGUUCGUUUCCCGAAUGGCAAGCUGCUGGCUAUUAAGAACAACUCAAUAUUGGAAGACAAAAACGGUAAAGUUUUUUCAACUGAGUUCAAAGAUUCUGAAGCCCUAACGAAUGCCUUGUCUCUCCUGUUCCCAAUGCUAAACAGCCCAAAGGAGGUGAUGAAGUCUGCCGUUGAAAUGAUUGAAACAUUUAAAUGCGAGAUUAAACAUAUACAUCCAAUCAUGUCAGGCCCGUAGCCAGCAAUUUCAAAAGGGGGGUUCUUUUUCUGAAAAAGUGGACCUUUU